AUGCAUUCCAUACUCGAUAAUUACCUUAAUGUGUAUGAUAAUUGUACUCAGAUUCUAAACAGGCAUUUCCUUUCGCAUUUAUAUGAUCAUAUUUCAUCUAUUCAAGAAAUCAUCAAAUUCAAUUGUAAUAAAUAUCUAUUCUGCGAAACUAGUUUUAGAUCAAUUUCAUUUGCUGUAAAUAUUGAUGAUGAAAACUUCAAUCAAAUUGCAUAUAUCUACAUCAAGCACAAGAGAACCAAUGUUUAUGAUAUUAUUUCUCUUAAACUUGAAACAGCUACAAAGCGUGAUGACAUUAUUAACUUUUUAGUCACAGAUUCCCAAGAAGAAUUUCGAAAGCAUAAAUUUAAAUAUCUCGAUGUUUUCUUGAAUCACAAACUAAAUAUCCAAGUUGCGACUGUAGUACCAUUAUUUAACGCCAUAAUGAAAAAUACUAGUCCGUACAAGGAAAAACAUAGGCUAUAUUUUGUUUAUACCCAAAAAACAGAAAAAAAUUUCAAUAUGACUUUUAUUGCCUUAGAACAAAUCGACGAAAAUGGUGAACGUGGGGAACCAUUUUAUUGCAAUGCGACAAAUAUUUAUAAACUUUCUGAAGUUAAAUUUACACAAUCUUGGAUUCCUCUUAAUAAAUACGAAUAUUACCUCUAUAGUUUCAUUCAACCAUAUUUAGCAACAAAUGAAGAAACAAAGACACAUAAAAAUUGCAAAUAUCAACAAAUUCCAGAUAAUCAUCUUAAAAUUGAUUAA